AACAAAGAAAAAGGGUAUCGGGUCGGGUGCACAGCCCGUAACCCAUGCAGAAGUAAAGCGUGCGCCUACAUAAGAAAAGAAACCCUAGUAGGCACACUCUCACCUAUUCAGCUGCCGCCUCCUCCUCUGCUUCUUCUUCACCCUCGACGUUCCCAACAGGAGGUUAAGGAUUCAAAAUGGGUCGUGUUCGCACCAAGACAGUGAAGAAGUCCUCACGCCUGGUGAUUGAGAGGUACUACUCUAAGAUGACCUUGGACUUCCACACUAACAAGAAGAUCUUGGAAGAGGUUGCCAUCAUACCCUCAAAAAGGCUCAGGAACAAGAUUGCUGGCUUCUCCACUCACCUGAUGAAGCGCAUUCAAAAGGGUCCUGUUAGGGGUAUCUCACUCAAACUGCAGGAAGAAGAGCGUGAGCGUCGCAUGGACUUUGUACCUGAAGAGUCUGCUAUCAGGAUUGAUGACAUCAAGGUUGAUAAGGAGACCCUGGACAUGCUUUCUUCUCUUGGCAUGUCUGAAAUUCCUGGGGUAUCUGAAGCUGAGCCGCAGGUUGUGGUUCCUAGCCAAGGAUAUGGACGUGGUCCACAGGGAAGGAGGUUUUAAGGUAAUGGAAGCUUUAUGCUUGUGGUUUCAGGAACUGCAAGUUUACUUAAUUCAAGUUUGCAUUUGGUAGUAGUGAUAUGGUAAAUGGAUCUUGUUUUGUAUUUUAAUUGAAUGUUCGCUUGAUAUUGAAUUUGCAAGAUGGUACUUUAGUUUGUGAAAUGGAAUCAACAUGUUUGAUGUUAUGCAAA